UUCUUUUAUUCCUCUGAUUUUCCGUUUUGAUUAUCAUCGUUUCAUCCCGUUUAAUAUUUUAAUGAUUGUUUUGUUGAAUUUCUUGCUCACCAUUAACUUAAUUUCUAUAUAACAAUAUCUAAUCGUUGCGUUAGAUGAAAGUUAGUGCAAUGUAUCAUUAGCCUCAGUUUGGUGACUAAUAGAAUCAGGAAGAAAAAAAUCCGAAUUCGUAUAAUGACUGUGAGUUGUUAGCAUUUAAAUAAACGUAUAAGUAAUGUCUGACGGGGAUCCAUCUCUCGAAGAAGACGUACCAAAGCCACUACUGGAAAGACCUGAAGAGAAUGUGUUUACGCCAAAGAUAUCGACACCAAUUUACGCUGGCGGUGUGAAAUUACACCAUAAGAGAUCAGACGCUACAGAAACCGAAUCCUUCCUGACCGCCGCACAAAGAAAUGAACUUGCGCUCCAACAACUAUUUGAAGAUGGAGCUGGAGACUUUCACUCAGCGGAGAAGGAGACGCAGGAGAAGAUAGGCGACCUGCAGGCCAUGUCCGUCCUCAGUACAUACCAGGACAAUUUGUCGCAAGACAUGAACACCGAUCGUGACAACGGUAGCGAAGCUUCGACCCGAGCCGCGGAAGAGUGCGGCUGCGGCGAGCCCGCGCAACCACACCUCGACUCCUCCAACAAUAAUGGCAAACCUGUGGCCAAUCAUUGCUCUUAUUCGCGUUUCAACGGUAUUACGAAAAUAUCUGCAAGUCAUGGUAAUGGCUUUACAUCAGAGAAGAUACUGGGGAAUGGGAUAAGGAUAGUGAUGGGCGGUAUACUAAACAAUCCAUCACUGAGCUUCAACGACGGUGUACGUUCGGUGGACUUUGUGCUUGUGUGGGAGGCGGGCAGGGAGAACUCCACCACGCCGGAAGCCUUCAAGCAAAGGAAAGUAUUCGAGGAGAAUCUCGAGAAAGAGGGCCUGCAGUUGGAGAGGGAGGCGCCGGAAAACUUGCACGGAUUGCACUUUGUUAAGAUACAUGCACCCCUUUCAGUUUUAAAGGACUACAGUGAAAUCUUAAAACUUCGGAUGCCGAUGAAGGACUGCAGUAAAAUAAGAAAAAGUGGGAAGACGAAUGCAAUACUGAAUGCCGCCAUGUAUAUGUCGAAGUUUUCAGCAUUAAAAGACGUGCAUGAGAAGACGAACACGUUAUUAGAUAGAAUACAGGCUUGCUGGGAUAGCUUCAUGUCGAAGAUUAGAGUCGACCACACGAAGUUUCCGGAAAGAAAGCAUCGGUUAACCGCAAUAUACUCUAAGGAUAAAGAAUACUUAUUUGAUACAGCGUCGGAUUGUUUCUGGACCCCGUCAGUACGAUCUCGCAUCGUUCAAUUCAUAUUGGAUCGUAAACGUUUCUCGGAGCGACAGAAUGACGACUUCGCUUUUGGUAUCGCUCGGCUUAUAUCAUACAAUACUUACAGUGCAGCGUAUCCUCUACACGAUGGUGAUUUGAAAACUCCUGGCUCUAUGCGACAUUUGUUAUAUACGGAGUGGGCUAGUGUAACCAAAUGUAUUAAAUAUCAACCCCUGGAUUAUGUAAAGGAUUACUUUGGAGUUAAAAUUGGACUGUACUUUGCUUGGUUGGGAUUUUACACUCACAUGUUGAUCCCAGCGUCUAUAGUUGGUCUUAUUUGCGUGAUAUAUUCUGCCUCUACUCUAUCUUCUUAUAAACCAAGUGAAGAUGUAUGUAAUUACGAGUCAAAUAUAAAGAUGUGUCCGUUAUGUGAUUACUUCUGCGAGUACUGGGACUUACGAGACACAUGUUUGCAGUCGCGUAUCACUUACCUCUUCGAUAACUCCACCACUGUCUUCUUUGCCAUCUUUAUGAGCUUCUGGGCUGCAUGUUUCUUAGAGAUGUGGAAGAGAUACUCAGCGGAGAUGACACACAGAUGGGACCUGACAGGCUUCGACGUGUAUGAGGAGCAUCCCAGACCACAGUACCUGGCCCGGCUGGCGCACGUCAAGAGGACACAACUGAAUGUGGUAACUGGUGUGCGCGAGCCGACAGUGCCGUACUGGCGCAUGCGUCUCCCGGCCACGCUGAUGUCGUUCAGUGUGGUAGCGCUGCUGGUGCUGCUGGCGCUGGCCACUGUUCUGGGUGUGGUGCUGUACCGCAUGUCACUCCUCGGAGCCAGCAUCCUGCGCCGCAACGACAAGGACCUCAUCACAUCCAAUCCCAUCAUGUUCACCACCGCUACAGCUGCCUGCAUCAAUCUUGUUUUCAUCUGUAUAUUUAAUUACGUGUAUCAGUACCUCGCGGAAUGGCUGACGGAAAAGGAGCUGCUGCGAACGCAAACUGAAUUCGACGAUUCGUUGACGCUCAAGAUAUAUCUCCUUCAAUUCGUCAACUACUACGCCUCAAUAUUCUAUAUUGCGUUUUUCAAAGGCAAGUUUAUUGGCCGGCCCGGGGACUAUGUGAGACUGUUUGGACAUAGACAAGAAGAGUGCGCUCCGGGUGGCUGUUUACUAGAGCUGUCUAUCCAGCUGGCCAUCAUCAUGGUGGGAAAGCAGUUCAUCAACACCGUGGUCGAGAUGCUCCUGCCUUAUCUCCUCAAGUGGUGGAACAUCAUACGCACCAUUGGAAGGAAAAACCGAAUAAAAAGUCCAAUACAAUGGGUAAAAGAUUUCAAACUAGUCGACUUUGGUAAUAUGGGUCUAUUUCCAGAAUAUCUUGAAAUGGUAUUACAGUACGGUUUUGUAACUAUAUUCGUGGCUGCGUUUCCACUGGCGCCGCUGUUUGCGCUCAUCAACAAUGUGCUUGAGAUGCGACUUGACGCCAAGAAGUUCUUGACUUGCUACCGCAGACCUGUGCCCCAGCGCGUUAUAGACAUCGGCGUCUGGUACCGCAUCCUCGACACCAUCGGCAAGCUCAGCAUCAUCACCAACGGAUUCAUAAUAGCGUUCACGUCGGAGUUCAUUCCGCGGCUGGUGUACCAUUACUCGACUGGAUCACUGGAUAACUACGUUAACCACACGCUGGCUGACUUCAAUGUCACCGUGCUUGAGCAUCCGCCGCACGAGUCCAAGUACAACCAGUCCAUGUGCAGCUAUCCCGGAUACUGGUAUUACAAAGAAGGAGACGACUACGAACACUCUAACUGGUAUUGGCAUAUUAUUGGUGCGAGACUGGCCUUUGUCGUUGUUUUUGAGAACGUGGUGGCGCUGGUGAUGAUAAUAGUGAAGUGGGCGAUACCGGACAUGUCCGGAGAGCUGCGCGAUCGCAUCCGGCGCGAGGCUUACGUCAUCAACAGCUUCAUAUUGGACGAGACGCGCGCGCGAACGCUCGCCGAGCGCAACAACUCGCGCACGGACACGCGCGCGGAUGCGCGUGCGCAAGGUGACAGAAGCGAUUCUGAUUGGAACCACAUAGCCUCGCUGUCGGGGUCCGAUUUCGAUCUGGCUGCGCAUGGUGACCAUCCAAACAUCACGGACAUCGCUAAGCAUGUGGUCACCAACACGACAACACAGGAGCGGCCAGGUCCAGCGCAUGUCUAGUUAUUGUCAACGUCGUCGUCUAUACUAGAGAUAUGGUUUA